UAUGAUAAGAGCUGGAAAGGUCAUAACCUACGUCAUUGGCAGCCAUUGUUAUCUGCGCCUAAAGACUUAAACUUGUUGCCUCUGAAAGGAAGUGCAAGAUGAAAAAGAAAAAAAUGAAUGACGCACUAUCUAUAUUGAUUUUGAUAGCCUCUGUCGCUUCUUCAGAAUCACUUGAUUGUCACAGCUGUUCAAACGUUAUCAAUACAGAUGGGUGCAAUGGCACAAUGUCGUGUCCAGUAGGUCAGUCAUGCUACCGCAAUGUAUCACUAGGAGAGCAAAACCUCGGGUGCGUUGACAAUCAGAGAUGUGAUUCACACGCUGCAGUUUCUACAAUAGUUGGACGAAGUGUUGUUUCUAGGAAAGCAUCAACGUGUUUCGAAUGCUGUUCCACGGAUCGUUGUAACAUCGCACUUUGUCAGCAUCAAGAAAACAAAGUAUGCAUGGAUGACGAAUCAGUCGAUUGUGCAAGAUUGAAUUCAAUAUUUAGUAUUUGUAAGGACGUUGCACACGCAAGAAGCGUUUGUGCAAAAUUCUGUGGACUCUGUAUUGUUGACGGAAACUGGACUUUAUGGUCGACUUGGACAGCAUGCGAUGUAACCUGUGGAAAUGGACACCAAUUUCGAUCUCGGUCCUGUACCAAUCCUUCACCAGAAAAUGGUGGUCUUGCAUGUGUAGGUGACAUGAUCAUGGCAAAGGUUUGCAAAACAGACCAAUCAUGUCCAAUUCAUGGCGGAUGGAGUGAUUGGUCAUCUUGGGGUACCUGUUCAGUGACAUGUGAUAUGGGACUGCAGCUUCGCACAAGGACCUGCUCUAAUCCGCCACCAAGUCUUGCUGGAAAACCUUGUUUCGGAGAAAACACCGAUUCACAACUUUGCAUGCCUGUACCAUGUGCAAACGGUGGUUGGAGUGAUUGGACUUCAUGGACUUCAUGCAGUGCGACUUGUGGCGGGGGAAUUAGGUCUCAAACGAGAUCAUGCUCGAAUCCCUUCCCAUCACCAUACGGACAAUAUUGUAUAGGAUCAACUGACAGAGUGGAGUCAUGUGCUUAUAAUAACUGCGAGACGAAUCAUUGUUCGACCAGUCCAUGUGUACACGGUCAAUGUUAUGACGUGUCUCAUGAUUUUCUUUGUUACUGUGACCAUGGUUAUGAGGGACGUUAUUGUAAUAUAUCGGAUUAUUACUGCAAGACAAAUCCGUGCGAUCAUGGGAGCUGUGUAUCUGGUAUUUCCGACUACAAAUGUAACUGUUUUGAAGGAUAUGUUGGAAGAAACUGUGACAUUCGAAAUAUUACGGAUUGUUUCGAUAUUCUUCAUAAAAACAUUUCGAGUAAAAGUGGAGUAUAUAACGUUUUCCUAUGGAAAUCUAAAGUUGUGAAAGAAAUAUACUGCGACAUGGAGACAGACAAGGGUGGUUGGACGGUUUUUCAAUAUCGAUUCAACGGCAGCGUUGAUUUCUAUAGAAACUUUAGUGAUUAUGAGAGAGGAUUUGGGUCUUUAGACGGUGAAUUUUGGUUAGGCCUUGAAAACAUCUAUGAAAUGGUUUCCCGAGGAAAAACAGAGUUGAGGCUGGAUUUGACGGCAGCUGACGGAACAACUGUAUACGAAACAUUUCAGAAUUUUACACUCGGUGAAAAGCCGUAUUAUACUCUUCAUAUCGACCAGGGAGUCGGAACUGCAGGCGAUAUCAAUGGUUUAUCAUAUAACAAUGGUAGCAAUUUUUCAACUUUCGACAUGGAUCGUGAUGGAAACAGUAAUAGAAAUUGCGCUAUAGACGACCAUGGCGGAUGGUGGUAUGGUGGUUGUGCUCACGCAAAUUUAAACGGUGAAUAUGUUACUCCUGGUACACAACGACCUGGCAGGUCUGAAGGUGGGAUGAUAUACUACUCAUUCAAAGGCAUCGAAUCACUUAAAGUCUCCAAAAUGAUGUUCCGGCGGGUAUAAAUUAAUCCUGGUCUGAUUUAGUGAGAAAAAAGACAUUACUAUUAUUUUCAAACUUGUGAUUGUUUCUAUGUAAAUGAUAUUUUAAGGAUGACUUGAAGGCAAUACUUUUAAACAUGUCUCUGAAAAUACUAACACAAAAUUAGCGAAUAACUUGACAUGCAAAAAACAAAACAAACAAAACAAAACAAACAGAAAAUAAAACAGGGGAGAUA